UGUCCUACCAUGGCCUUGGCUCCUUCUCUCUCUCUCUGUUUUCCCUAUUGCUGCCCUUUGUUUCAAAUACCUUACCUUUCUGUCUCUUUUUUUUUCCUUUCCCUUCUUUUUUCUUUUUUCCUGUGCUUUGCUUUUCCCAUCUCCUUGAACACAUCCUCUAACACCACAACUUCAGAUCCUCGAGCAAUUCGCCAUGCUCCUAGUGGAAUUCGAGAAAAUCUCGACGUUGGUCAACAUGGUUCGUCAGCUUUGAAUGACAUGAUGAUAUUGGACGACACGAAACAUACGGUUUACAUUCAUGACCUUGAACGUGAAAUAGCAGAAACUGAGCUUCCCAAUGAUUCUAUCACUUUUCUGCCCGGGAUCGGGGAGAGCUUGCGAGCAAUCCCGAGAUUCGUCGUCACAGAAGCAAAACCCAUGUGCAAUGAGCUGGUCCUCUAUAGAGAACCAGCGUCACUAACGGUACCGAAGGAAAGAGACACUGUGCGUAAGGCUUUGAUUGAGACAAGGGAGCGGGCUAGAACAAAUCAAUGUGGGCGACAUCCAUCCACAUAUAGCUCUAUAUAUCCGGGAACCGUCACAGAUCCUGGUAAUUCAAACAAUACUUGUCAUCCGGGGGAUGCAAUGGAGAUAGAUGCUGGGAUAUAGGGAGUUCUAGGCUAUCCCUCUUCUAUCCCUAGACGGUCUAACUGGGCCAUUUUAAGUUUAAACUCGUGCGGCUUCUCCAUGUCGCAUAGAUACACUGAAAGGUCUUGUCGUCCUCUUGCCUUUGAGUCAACACAAACUUGUCGCAAAUCAUAGUAGCUGUGUGGGUUUUAAAAGGCUCUAUAUGGAUAGGGGUGGGAGUUAUCAUCAAACUAAAUGCUGGAUGGGCUCUCUAUUCAUUUCAAUUGUUGGGAGGCCAAAGGUAAUGGAUAUUCUGCGUAUUUUGACGUGCA